AUGUCAUCCAUUUUAAAGCAAAGGGUUAGAUACGCCCCAUAUUUACAGAAAUUAAGAACUGCAGAGCAAUGUGUUGAAUUAUUCAAACACGGUCAAUAUCUUGGUUGGUCAGGAUUCACUGGUGUCGGGGCGCCAAAGGUCGUUCCAGAUGCCAUAGCUGACCACGUUGAAAAGAACAAUUUGCAAGGAAAAUUGGGAUUCAACUUGUUCGUUGGUGCUUCGGCUGGACCUGAAGAAGGCAGAUGGGCGGAAAACGAUAUGCUUUUGAGAAGAUCCCCUCAUCAAGUUGGUAAGCCAAUUGCUAAAGCCAUCAACACAGGGAAGACCAAAUUUUUCGACAAGCACUUGUCGAUGUUCCCACAGGAUUUGACUUACGGGUUCUACACCAGAGAGAAGGAAAACGAUUUGUUAGACUACACCAUCAUCGAGGCCACCGCCAUCACUGAGGACGGGUCAAUUGUCCCCGGUCCUGCUGUCGGUGCAUCUCCAGAAAUGAUUUCAGUUUCUGACAAGAUUAUUAUCGAAGUGAACACCGUCACACCAUCUUUCGAAGGUUUACACGACAUUGACAUGCCAGUGAACCCUCCUUUCAGACAACCAUACCCACACACGACUGUCGACUACAGAACUGGGUUAACCGCUAUUCCAGUCGAUCCAUCUAAGGUUGUUGCCAUUGUUGAAUCCCAGACCAGAGAUAAGGUUCCUCCAAACACCCCAUCCGACGAAACUUCUCGUAACAUUGCUAACAACUUACUUGAGUUCUUUGAACAUGAAGCUAAAUUAGGUAGAUUACCUGAAAACUUACACCCAUUACAAUCUGGUAUUGGUAACAUUGCUAACGCUGUCGUCGAAGGUUUAGCUGACUCUAAGUUCAAGAACUUGACUGUUUGGACCGAAGUCUUACAAGAUUCAUUCUUAGACUUCUUUGAAAGUGGUUCAUUAGACUUUGCCACAGCCACCUCCAUUAGAUUGACUGAAGCUGGUUUCGACAAGUUCUACGAAAAUUGGGACACCUACUCAAAGAAAUUAUGCUUGAGAUCUCAAGUCGUUUCUAACUCGCCAGAAAUCAUUAGAAGAUUAGGUACCAUUGCCAUGAACACCCCUGUUGAAGUUGAUAUUUACGCCCAUGCAAACUCUACUAACGUCAUGGGUUCAAGGAUGUUGAACGGUUUAGGUGGUUCCGCUGAUUUCUUGAGAAACUCCAAGUUAUCAGUUAUGCAUACCCCAUCUGCAAGACCAAGUAAGACCGACAAGACCGGUGUUUCAUGUAUUGUUCCAUUCGCUACUCAUGUUGAUCAAACCGAGCACGAUUUAGAUAUUGUUGUCACCGAUCAAGGUUUAGCUGAUUUAAGAGGUUUAUCUCCAAAGGAAAGAGCCAGAGAAAUUAUUACGAAGACUUCUCACCCUGACUACAGAGAUCAAUUGACUGAUUAUCUCGACAGAGCUACCUUCUAUGCUGAAAAAAGCAAGUGCUUGCAUGAACCUCAUAUCUUACAAGAUGCUUUCAAGAUGCAUCUCAACUUCCAAGAAAACGGAACCAUGAAGUUAGAUUCCUGGGAUAAGAAGUUUUAA